CAGAAAGUCAUUAAGCAAGUCGUCCAGACAGUCAAGGUCAGCCAAAGAUGCUAGAGAUACUAUGGCGUCCUCGAGCAAGAUGACAUUGGAUGAGAUACCACCGUUGGACUUGCCGCAGAGUAUAACACCGGGGUAUGUACCGGUGGAGAGGGAGCAGGUUGUGUUGACCGAGGCGGAGAGGGAACAACUGGUACAUGAAUUGGUCGGUUUUCACCCUAGAUUGUUAUGCGAUGAUAUCGCCAACGCUGCCGAGGAUGUCUUACACAGAACAGUGGAUGGGAUAGAAGGUUGGGCUCAGAAUGUAUCAUCUGGACAGGGGCAGGAAGUUGAGCGAGAGAUCGAUAUCGGUUUACACGCCCUCGAAACCUUAUUCGAGAGUCAAGUAGACCGAGCUUUCGACAAAUUCACAGCUUGGAUCCUUCGUAAUCCAUUCGACGUUCCUCAAGAUGUACAGGUAGUACUUCCAUGGCAUAAGGGACUCGAUUUUGCCAGAGGAGAAUAUGUCGUCUCUCUCCCAUCGGGUGAAGCUACCCUUGACGAAACAUUGAGUCAAUUGAGGACACGUGUGGAACAAGCUCGAUUAUUGAGUCAACGAUUAGAGGUCGCGGAGAAAAAUCUAGAUAGACGGUUGGAGAUCGUUUCGAAGAAAAAGGAACAAGUUGGGUUUUUGAGAGAUAUGGUUGAGGUUGCUGGUCUCACGCCCCUUCCGGUAAAAGCAGAAACCAUCUCGAAAGGCUUGGAAGAUUUACAUGAAACAUUAUCACAUAUGGACAUACCCCCUCCUUCUACCCACCUACCACCUUCAGGCGUAAAGGGGGAGACUAAAGCUUGGGAAAUGGGUAGGAAAGCGUAUCUCAGUUGGGCAGUGGGGAGGAUGAUAUCACGGGAAAGUGGGGGUGGUUCAGGUACGUCUUUUCCUCCCCUCUUCUGCUUUCGAUUUAAUUCUUCUUCUUUCACUUCCAUUCGUUCGAUCGCAUCUCUUCCUCCACAUUCGCAAGAAUGA